GCGGCCCCGGCGCCGGAGCCCGGCCGGCCGCGCCCCUCCCGGCCCCGCCAUGGCGCUCGACAAUUUCCUCUUCGCGCAGUGCGUCUGCUACUUCCUGGCCUUCCUGUUCAGCUUCGUGGUGGUGGUGCCGCUGUCCGAGAAUGGCCACGACUUCCGCGGCCGCUGCCUGCUGUUCACCGAGGGCCUGUGGCUGAGCGCCAACCUCUCGGUGCAGGCGCGCGAGCGCUUCACUGUGCAGGAGUGGGGCCCGCCGGCCGCCUGCCGCUUCAGCCUGCUCGCCAGCCUGCUGUCGCUGCUGCUGGCCGCCGCGCACGCCUGGCGCACGCUCUUCUAUCUCUGCAAGGGGCACGAGGGCUCCUUCUUCUAUGCCUUCCUCAACCUCCUGGUGAGCGCCUUCGUGGUCUUCCUGGUCUUCAUCGCCAGCACCAUUGUGAGCGUGGGCUUCACCAUGUGGUGCGAUGCCAUCACCGAGAAGGGCACCGUGCCCCGCAGCUGUGAAGAGCUGCAAGACAUUGAUCUGGAGCUGAAUGUGGACAACUCUGCCUUCUAUGACCAGUUCGCCAUUGCCCAGUUCGGCCUCUGGGCCUCGUGGCUGGCGUGGCUGGCCAUCACCACGCUGGCCUUCCUGAAGGUCUACCACAACUACCGCCAGGAGGACCUGCUGGACAGCCUGGUCCACGAGAAGGAGCUGCUGCUGGCCAGGCCAGGGCCCCGCACCUCCCUCCAGGGGGAGAACAGUGCUGUCAUCUAGGCCCUGCUUCCUGAGGCCCGGCCCUGCCCACAGGCCCUGUCUGGGCCACCCAGCCCUGCAUGCAACCCUAGCCCUGCCUGCGGUGGGGUGAGAGCGAUUCCUGCCCGGGCCCAGCAGCAGGCAGUUGGGGCAUCUGUUCUGCCUCCCUGAGGCUGUGUGUGUGAACGCUGCAGUAUAAGCAUACGUGUGUGUGCACAUGUGUGUGGAUGGGAUGUGUGGGAGCAGACCACAGAGAUGGGGUGCCCGUGGCCCACAGAAGGAGGGCACUGCCUUCCCACCCCAGCCUGGGCCAGGGCUCCUGCAGGGGAGGGACUCCCACCUACCCACCCAGCGGUGGCAGAGCCUGGUGUGACUGGGACUUGCCUCUGCUGUCCUCAGCACCACCUCCUCUUGCGGGGGGGGGUCCCCCAUCCUGUCCCGGGGUCCAACCCUAACCCUAACGGAGCCCCUCAGAAGUGUGUUCCCUGAGUGUGCUCCCGGCUGGGGCUCUGGUGUGGACCUGGGCCACCUCAAGGGGCUGGGUGGUAGGCUGGGCCAGCUUGUCAGGGUGCUGGGCAGGCAGGGGCUGUCCUGGGGGUCCUGGCCAGGGGAUGGGGGUGAAGGCCUGAAGCCCAGCUGAGGGUUUCCUUCGGGGCGCCAGGUACUCUGGGAUGGUGUUUGGAGAGAGUCUGAGGCCCCCAAAGCUGACGUAGGCCUGGGCCCUAAUCGCUGGAUGUGGGAGCCCUUUCCUGCCCCCAGAGCUGCUCAUCUGUCCCCCACAUGGUGUUGUGGCUUCUGCCUCGCCUUGGCCCAGUCCCCCAUUUCUGCUGCAGCCAUCUGGGGCCCCAGAAGGAGCAGGAGUGGGCUGCGGUUUCCUGGGCCCAUGGAACUGCCACUUCCCCAGCCUUCCCUGCCCUGGGCAGCUGCCCUUGGGCCCUGGGGCUGGCUGGGGCGGCCUGCAUCCAGGCAGGUGGAGGCCUGCAGGCAGGGUCCAUCCUGGGCCAGCCUCUCCCCAGGCGGGAGGGCCGGGCUGCCCGGGUCCCCCCAGCGGCUGCACCGUAGUGCUUCCAGGACACCUUGGCUUCUCUGGCUUUUAGCAAGGACACCUUGUUUUAGCUCUACUUCCGGCUGAGGUGGAAGUGAAGACUCUCAAGUUUCCAUGUAUCUAUUUCUCCAAGUCAAAAUAAAGCUACACGCUCAAGUGUC